AUAACAAUAAAUAUAUAAAUAAAUGAUAAAAACAAAUAUAGUGAAACAGCAUUGAUGAUGGCGACUACUAAGUGUAAUUAUGAAAUAGUAAAACUACUUUUAGAUAAUGAAGCUAAUGUUGAAGAAAAAAAUGAAAAUAGUGAAACAGCAUUGAUGUUGGCGACUACUAGACGUCACUUUGAUAUUGUAAAGUUACUGUUAGACCACCAAGCUAAUGUUAACGAAAAAAACAACGAUAGUGAAACAGCAUUGAUGAUGGCUUCUACAAGAGGUCACUUUGAUAUUGUAAAGUUACUUUUAAAUCAUAAAGCUAAAGUUAAUGAAAAAAACAAAUAUAGUGAAACAGCAUUGAUGAUGGCGACUUCUGUGUGUAAUCUUGAAAUUGUAAAAUUACUUUUAGAUAAUGAAGCUAAUGUUGAAGAAAAAAAUAAAGAUAGUGAAACAGCAUUGAUGAUGGCGACUACAAGAUGUCACUUUGAUAUUGUAAAGUUACUGUUAGAUCGUAAAGCUAAAAUUAAUGAAAAAAAUAAAGAUAGUGAAACAGCAUUGAUGAUGGCGACUACAAGAGGUCACUUUGAUAUUGUAAAGUUACUUUUAGACCACCAAGCUAAUGUCAAUGAAAAAAACAUUCAUGGCUGGACAGCUUUGAUGAUUGCAUUAUUUUGGGGGAAAGUAGACAUAGCUGAAUUAUUGUUAGAUUAUAAAGCUGAAAUUAAUGAUAAAGAUACACUAGGUAUGACACCUUUAAUGGUUGCUUGUCUAUCAGAUGUUUAUGAAACAUUUAAUGAAAACCUUUUUAAAGUUUUAAACAUUCUUUCAAAAUUUUCGACAAAUAUUAAUGAAAAAAACAAAGAUGGCUGGACAGCGCUAAUGUUAGCGUCAGCUCAAAAUAAUAGUCGAAUCGUUGAAAUACUUUUAGCUCACGGAGCACUUGUGGAUGAAACAAAUGUUGAAGGAUUGACAGCACUGAUGAUUGCAUGUGCUAAGGGAGAUCUAGAAAUAGUCAAACUACUGUUGAACAGCAAGGCUCAGAUUGAAAGUAAAAAUGAAGACGGAAGUACUGCUUUAAUGGUUGCUUCAGAAAUGGGACACAUUGAAAUAGUUCGACUGCUUUUGGAACAUCAUGCAUUGGUUGAUGAACAAUGUCAAGAUGGCUGGACUGCAUGUAUGAUAGCUUCCUACUAUAAACACACAUCUGUUGUAAAACUCUUGAUGGAAAAUGGAGCAAAAAAACGAUUAUCUAUGAACGUAUUAGAACAGAAAGUAUUUCAGCUAAAAUGCGUUGGUAUUUUACUGCAAUUUCAGGAAAUUAGACGCAGGGGCAUUGAAAGUAGCAUUUACAAACCACCGAUGAUGCCCUAUGUGGAUCCAUCAACUUCCUCAAGGCGCAAACCAACAAUGGAACAGUUUCAGAGACACAAAUAUCUUUGUCAUGAUACAACUGACUUAAAUGUAGACCAUCAUUCAAAGAGAUACACUUAUGAUAGGUUUUCCAAAGUACCUUAUUCGGAAUUAGGUCCUCGACCAGAGAGUUACAUUCAAGAGUUCUCCGAUAUAUCUCCUACAGAUCUCGUCCUUCGACUUAAAAGGGACACUUAUGAGUUCUCCAAAUUAGCUCAUGAGGAUUUCAGCCUUCAACCAAUUCAUGAGUUCCCCAAUAUAUCUCAUGCAGGUAUCGACCUUCGACCAGAAAGUGACAUUCAUACGUUUCCCAAUAUAUCUCAUACAGAUUUCGACCUUCGACUGAAAAGGGACAUUCAUGAGUUCUCCAUAUUAGCUCAUGAGGAUUUCGGCCUUCAACCAAAGAGUGACAUUCAUAAGUUCUCCAAAGUACUUCAUUCGGAUAUAGACCAUAAACCAAAGAGUGUCAUUCAAAAUGUUUCCAAAGUAUCUCUUGCAGAUUUAGAUCAUCAACCAAAAGGCUGA